CUGUCUUUUUGUCAGCGAGACUCAUGAUACUGGCGGGACCCAUUUCUUGGGUUUUGGUAAUGCCACUGCUUUGUUGUUGUUCCAUCAAAACAGCUUCCCUCUUGUCCGCGUUUCAUUUCACUAAACUAUGGAGCAAUCUCUCCACUAGCAGUCCCAUCUUUCUUUAUUCUUAAAUUCGUUCGGCUGUCCGCAAACUUCUUCAGCAUCAGAGCUGCCGAAGCCUGGAUUUAAGAAUGUUGUAACAGCUCAUGUCCCCCAAGUUCAAGUCUAGUGAAUUUGGAUCGAAGAUCAUUAUCGGAAAUGUUAUUAAAUAAUCACUCGCUCACAGUCGCUUGAAUGCUUCAAUCGUAUCUACAUGCACGCAUCCAUCCUCUCUGAUCUGCCAUGGCAUAUCCGGCAACUACUAGGGAGCAAAAUAACUCAAUAGAAGAAACAACACAAGUAGAGGAAGAUCGAGUAUCAAUGGAUAGUGGAGAUCCGGGAAGAAGAUGGACGAGUCUGAAAGAAAGGCUAGGAUUCAAAGGGAUGGGUUGCUGUGGGUCCAGGCGGAGGCCCACUUCUUCAAGUUUCAGCACCAUGGAAACCCUCCAAGAAAACCCACACACGGCUCCGCCACUCUCCUCGGGCAUGAACCUGGCGAUGGCUUUAGCGGCUGAGCGCAAUUCGCGGGAAGAGAAAGAUGAGGGUCCCGCCACAGAAGUCAAGACGCUGAUGAGAUUGAUCGAGGAAACGGACGGUGUCGAUUGGAGGAAGAAAAGGAGAAGGGACAACAAGGGAGUGGAUACUGAUUGGGUGUGCUGCGUGUGCAUGGAGAGGAGUAAAGGCGCGGCUUUUAUACCCUGUGGGCAUACCUUCUGUAGGGUUUGCUCGAGGGAGAUGUGGGUCAAUCGUGGGACUUGUCCUCUUUGCAAUCGUUCGAUCCUGGAGAUCCUUGACAUCUUUUGAGAUCGAUCCUAUGUAAUAACCCAAACAUUUCCAUCAUCUAGUAUUUUUGGCAACAUUCAAUCAAAUUCAAAUGGUUUCAUUUUGUGGAGAGAGGUAA